AUGGGAGACCCGGCGGUGGCCGCCUUGCGCGGCGCGUUCAGCGCGCUGGAGCUGAUCGUGGGCAUCACGCUCGGCGUGCUCUCGCCCGUCGUGGACGCGUGCGGGCGUCGCGCGAGGGUCCUCUACCGGUGGGCGCACUUCAUCGUCGGUUGCCUGAUCGCCCUCCUCGGCUCCGUGGCGCUCUCCGCGGCGCUCGCGGUGCCCGCGUGGACCACCUUCGCGGUCGUCGCGACGCUCUGGUGGAGCGUGUUUUUGCCGACGGAGGACUUGGUCGCCAUGCACCGCGUCGGGCACGUCUCCCCGGCGUACGUUCGGUUCGCGCUGCUCGCGCUCGCGGACGUCGUGGGCGCCAGGGACGUGCACAAGACCUACGUCGACGAUUCGGACGACGAGUCGGAGGAGGACGGACCGGUGAGCGACGACGAGGGGAACCCGACGGUCGCGGGUUCGAGCCCCGGGAAGGGCGCGCCGGCGACGAGACCCGUCGGCUCGCACCCCGCCCGCGACGCGUCCGACGACUCGCCGUCCAAGUGGAGGGAGGCUGAGCGACUGAGGGAUCGGAAACUUCGCGCGGAUAAGCGGAAGCGAGCGGUGCUGUACCGACAGGUCAACAGGCACGUCAUGGUGCCCCUGCGCGUGGCGAUGCGCGCGAUACUCCGGUGGCAGGGUCUCAUCGCGAGGGAGGAGGAGGAGCGUUUAGAGCUCGAGCGACUUCGCCGAGAGGCGCGAGCCGCGUCUGGCGGGAAAUCGGACGACUUCGGAAAGGACAAAGCCGUCAAGCGCAGAGUGUUGCCGCACCCUUCGACGUGGCCGCACAGGCCCGUGUUCGUCCGGUUCAACCCGAGGGCGGAUAAGCAGAGGGCGCUGGGUGGGUGGGCCACGCGUUGGGGACCGGAUCUCACCACCAAGGUUAAGACGCUGAGAGAGCUCGAAGAGGACGAGCGCGUGCGGGAGGAGCUGGAGAGCGUCGCGAACGGCGCCGCGACGGUGUUCGAGUCCACCGACUGGGAUGCAAACGGCGGCCGGGGAGACGCCGGGGGUGGGGGCGGCGCGGGGUCGAAGGCGCCGUCGAAGGUGCCGUCGCCGGUUGACACGUGCUGUCCCGUGAACACCGAGACGUGGAUGAAUUUUGAGUCGGAGCUCUUCGUGGGGAAGAUCGUGUGCCGGUUCAAGGGCAUCGGGUGCCCGGCGAACCCGGCGGCGGUCAAGACGAAGGAGGACUUCUUCAAGACGCAGAAGCGGUGCACGUUUCAGGUGCUGGUGCAGGGCCGGUUCAAGGAGCGCGUGAGGGCGAGCGAGAUACAGACCGGGGGCGAGUUCGGCAAACCAUUCCAGGACGUUCCCCCGCACUACCUCAUAAAAGCCGGAUGCAAGUUUUUCCAGGCGCUCACCCCGGGGCUCGAGAUCGACUUGCUGUGCGACGAGCCGUACUACAUGGCGCUGCUCGGGGGCACGGUGACCACCCUGGCGAUUGACGAGACCGAGGAUGCGGCGGCGGACCCGCUGACCGACGUCGCCGAGGAUAACGGGCGGAUGUUCGGAGGAGAGAGCUACUCCGUCUCGAGGCGGUCGAGGACGCUGGGUAACCCGGACACCGCGGCGGAGUACUGGUACAACACCUCGGACGUGUACACCUUCGAUUACUUCCAGUCGGUGCUGCUCUUCGACGAGUACUGUCUGGACAUCGGCAUCGUGAAGCUGCGGCUGGACAGGCACCUGAACGGUAACCCCAUAUGCAUCAUGGCGAAGCACGUGGACGGUCGGUACGUGUACAACUUCGAGAUCUUCCACGAGUGCCUGCUCUCCAAGUCCGACCAGGCCCCGCCCGGCUACGGCGCGAAGACGUGACUGGAGAGACGCGAACGACCCUCGUCAGCAACCCCCAACCCCCGUAGGUAAACUCUUUUUAUCAUAUUCGAAGCCAGCCGUCU